UGGAAUACUUCGAUGAAAUCGAAGCCGCAUUGUAAAAUUGCAAUAAUUUCCAUAUUGAGGCGCUAAAAAUUAUCGGUUAAAGAUUUCCACGGAACAAGGCAAUAUCUGCCUUAGACCCGACUGAAUCAGGAGACCCAAGCGGUGUGCGCGUUGAGAGAGGAGCAUACGUUAAGCGAGUGUCCGAAACGCCGGCAAAUUGCUGGGACGAGACAACAACAAUAGAAAAUCGCAAUGACGUCGGCAAGAGAUUUGAUAAAAAUUGAUAUAGAAUGGGGCAUGGAGCGGCUGGUCAGGGCCCAACAGGUUGUGGAACUGCGGCCGUAUGACAUCGAGUCGUGGUCGGUGAUGCUCCGCGAGGCCCAAACUCGACCCAUACACGAGGUGCGCAGUCUGUACGAGUCUCUGGUUAAUGUAUUCCCCACCACGGCCCGCUACUGGAAGCUCUACAUCGAGAUGGAGAUGCGGAGUAGGUACUAUGAGCGCGUGGAGAAGCUCUUCCAGCGUUGCCUGGUCAAGAUUCUCAACAUUGACCUGUGGAAGCUAUAUCUUACCUAUGUCAAGGACACCAAGUCAGGGCUAAGCACGCACAAGGAAAAGAUGGCUCAGGCCUAUGAUUUUGCUCUGGAGAAGAUUGGCAUGGACCUGCACUCGUUCAGCAUUUGGCAAGACUAUAUUUACUUUCUGCGCGGCGUAGAGGCCGUCGGAAACUACGCAGAAAACCAAAAAAUAACCGCUGUUCGGAGAGUCUACCAGAAGGCGGUCGUCACGCCAAUUGUGGGCAUUGAACAGCUGUGGAAGGAUUACAUAGCCUUUGAGCAGAACAUAAAUCCCAUCAUAUCCGAAAAGAUGAGUCUGGAGAGGUCCAAGGACUACAUGAAUGCCCGACGGGUGGCAAAGGAACUGGAAUACCACACCAAGGGGCUGAAUCGAAACCUGCCCGCUGUACCGCCCACCCUCACCAAAGAAGAGAUCAAGCAGGUGGAGCUCUGGAAACGAUUCAUCACGUACGAGAAGUCCAAUCCGCUGCGCACCGAGGAUACGGCGCUGGUGACGCGUCGCGUCAUGUUCGCCACGGAGCAGUGCCUGCUGGUCUUGACCCACCAUCCGGCAGUGUGGCAUCAGGCCUCCCAGUUCCUGGAUACCAGUGCCCGCGUCCUCACCGAGAAAGGCGAUGUCCAAGCGGCCAAGAUAUUCGCCGACGAGUGCGCCAAUAUCCUGGAGCGUUCCAUCAACGGAGUGCUCAACCGGAAUGCACUGCUCUACUUUGCCUACGCCGACUUCGAGGAGGGCCGACUGAAGUACGAAAAGGUCCACACGAUGUACAACAAGCUGCUCCAGCUUCCGGAUAUUGAUCCCACACUGGUCUAUGUACAGUACAUGAAGUUCGCCCGGCGCGCCGAGGGCAUCAAGUCUGCUCGCGGCAUUUUCAAAAAGGCUCGCGAGGACGUCCGGUCGCGGUAUCACAUCUUCGUGGCCGCCGCCCUCAUGGAGUACUACUGCUCCAAGGACAAGGAGAUCGCCUUCCGCAUCUUCGAACUGGGCCUGAAGCGAUUCGGCGGCAGUCCGGAGUAUGUGAUGUGCUACAUCGAUUACUUGUCGCAUCUGAACGAGGACAACAACACGCGCGUCCUGUUCGAACGGGUCCUCAGCUCCGGCGGCCUGUCGCCGCACAAGAGUGUUGAGGUUUGGAACCGGUUCCUGGAGUUCGAGUCCAAUAUCGGAGAUCUAUCGAGUAUUGUGAAGGUGGAACGUCGUCGCAGUGCUAUCUUCGAAAAUCUUAAAGAGUAUGAAGGCAAGGAAACGGCCCAGUUGGUGGACCGAUACAAGUUCCUGGACCUCUACCCCUGCACCAGCACAGAGCUCAAGUCCAUAGGCUAUGCUGAGAAUAUUGGUAUUAUCCUGAACAAGGUGAGCGGCGGUUCCCAAAGCCAAAACAAUGGCGACGCGGAGGCUGACAGCGAGUCUGCUCCGCCGCUGCCGCGACCCGAUUUCUCCCAAAUGAUUCCAUACAAGCCGCGGCCGUGCGCCUAUCCAGGUGCCCAUCCGCUGGCAGGCGGCGUCUUCCCCCAGCCCCCGGCACUGGCUGCCCUGUGUGCCACUCUGCCGCCGCCGAACUCCUUCCGUGGACCCUUUGUCAGCGUGGAGCUGCUCUUCGACAUCUUCAUGCGGCUCAAUCUGCCCGACUCUGCCCCGCAACCGAACGGCGACAAUGAUCUGUCGCCCAAGAUCUUCGACCUGGCCAAGUCGGUGCACUGGAUCGUGGACACGAGUACGUAUACGGGUGUACAGCACAGUGUCACGGCCAUACCACCGCGCCGCAGACGACUCCUGCCCGGCGGCGAUGACAGUGACGAUGAGCUCCAGACCGCCGCUCCGCCCACCCACGAUAUCUACCGGCUGCGGCAGUUGAAGCGCUUCGCCAAGUCCAACUAAGACUGCCGUCGGAUUCCAAAUUCACGUUUUUUUUUAAACUAAUGCAUUUAUAAGAAAAUACACGACCGAAAGUUGAUGAAACCAUUAUA